AUGCUUCAAAAAUAUUUAUUCGCUCUAUCGAUUAUCUGCGGAUCUUUGUUAUUAAGUGAAUGCUCUGUGGAUGAGGAUGAGCUGAUGAAACAAGUCUUCAGCUCAUAUAAUAAUUUGAUUUUGCCAAUUCGUAACAUGUCCGAGCUACCGAUCACCGUCAAAGUCGGGCUGCAGUUCAUUUUGUUGAUCAAUGUAGAUGAAAUGGCUCAAGUCAUGCAUACAAAUGUCUGGGUGACUUUGAGAUGGUACGAUUUCCAAAUGAAAUGGAAUCCGGUCUUUUUCGGUGGAAUCAAAACCAUUCGAGUCUCGCCGGAGAAAGUGUGGAUCCCGGAUAUUGUGCUGUUUAACAAUGCUGACGGUCAAUUCCAAGUGGGUUUCGAGUGCAACGUGGUGAUCGAGAAUGACGGGUCAAUGCUAUGGGUACCGCCAGCCAUCUACAAGAGCUCGUGUAUCAUUGAUGUUGAGUUCUUCCCAUUCGAUGAGCAAACGUGCAACAUGAUUUUUGGAUCGUGGACGUACAAUAAUCAGGAGAUCGUUUUGGACAUUUCCAGUUUUCCGGCUAUUGAUUUAUCAGUCUACCAAACGUCUUCAAUCUGGGAUCUCGUUGAGUGUCCGGCUACCCUUGUAAAAGAGAGAAGUCGAGUUGAGUUUCAAAUCAAAAUCAGGCGGAAAGCCCUCUUCUACACGGUCGUUUUGAUCAUCCCAACUGUGAUCAUGGCUUUCCUCUCCGUUUCCGUAUUUUUCUUGCCGACUGCUUCAACUGAACGAAUGACGCUCACAAUCUCGAUUCUCCUCUCAAUUGUCGUCUUCUUGUUACUGUUGGCGAAAAUUCUUCCGCCCACCUCGUCGACGAUUCCUUUAAUGGCCAAAUAUUUAUUGCUUACCUUUGUCCUGAAUGUAAUCACAAUUCUCGUCACUGUCGUCAUCAUAAAUGUUUAUUUCCGAGGCCCGAAAACGCAUCGAAUGCCCCGGUGGAUAAGACACGUUUUCUUGGAGUUCAUGCCCAAAUUCAUCUGUAUGAAACCGCCGAAAACCCUCAAAAAGCACAACAAGAAUGAAAAUAAAACAAAAAUCGCGACGACAUUAGCGGGAAUCGGGCAAUUCUCGAUGAACACCGCCGCUCAUCACCCGAAUUGUCAGUCGUCCGAUGGGAAAUUAAAACUUCUCAACUUCGCGAAUGAGCCGAUAGCACGGGAUCCACAAACAGCCAUGUAUUACCCGUUAACAGCUGAAGCGAUCAAAGCCAUCGAUGCCAUUGAAUAUAUCACUGAUCAUUUAAAAGACGAAGAAGAGAAUAAAGUGCGCCAAGACGAUUGGAGAUACGUGGCCAUUGUGCUCGAUCGGCUGAUGUUGUUCAUCUUUUUCGGAAUCACUUUGGGUGGAACGUUGGGCAUUCUCACGUCAUCCGAUCACAUAUUUAGUGUGAUCGAUCAAAAAGCCAUUCGGGACAAAUACAAUCCGGACAACUACAAAGACAAACCGUUUAUGGGUCCA